CAUGGCGCCAAGAACAUCCACGAAGCAGGCCUCCGACGCGAUGGACAUUCGGGAGGCGGUGAAGGCCUCCGUCGCGGCGGAGAGCAGGGACAGCAAGCUGUGGGGCUUCGUGCCCAAUUGGUUCCGCACCACUGUCGGCCCCCUGUUUCUAAUCCUCGUCCCGCCCUUCUUCGUGGUGUUCUGGUGGCACCUCCUCGUGAGCCACAGUGGGAGCUGGGUCUCCCUCUGGGGGGACCUGAAGGCGGCGGGGCCGGAGUACGUGCUCGACGUCGUGCCGAGCCCUGUGGACCCGGAAGCGUGGAAGUACAUCCUCGGAUUCGGAGUGUUCGAGAUCGUGCUCAUGGUCGGUCUCCCCGGCAAGGCAUUCCGCGCCAACCCCACCGCCACCGGACACAUCCCCGUGUACAAGGCGAACGGCAUGCUCUCCUACCUCGUGACGCUCGCGACGCUCUGUGCCCUUGUCGCCACCGACAGGCUGGACCCUAAGAACGUGUACGACAAGCUCGGCGAGAUCUUCACCGGACUGUCGGUGUUCUCUCUCUUCUUCGUUCUCCUCCUUACCGUCAAGGGCUUGUACUUCCCUUCCACCGACGACAGCGGCAGCAACGGCAGCUUCCUCCAGAACUACUGGUGGGGCACCGAGCUAUACCCCCGCGUGUUCGGAGCGGACGUGAAGAUGUUCACGAACUGCCGGUUCGGGAUGAUGUACUGGGCCGUAGGCGCGGUGAUCUACGCUUAUACGCAGCAGCAGAUGUACGGGAAGCUGUCGAGUAGCAUGGCGGUCAGCGUCAUUCUCCAGCUCACGUACAUCACCAAGUUCUUCCACUGGGAGAUGGGGUACAUGAACAGCAUGGACAUCCAGCACGAUCGCGCGGGUUACUACCUGUGCUGGGGCUGCCUGGUCUGGGUGCCGGCCGUGUACUCCUCCCCGGGUAUCUACCUGGUCAAGCACCCUAUCUCCUUGGGCUGGUACGGCGCCUCUGCUAUCCUGGCGCUGGGGUUGCUCUCGAUCUGGGCCAACUUUGACGCCGACAGGCAACGCCACGCCUUCCGACAGGCGAGAGCCUAGCACCACGCCUCAUUUUGCCUCUCGUCCAUGCUGGCGGAUGUACUCAUGAUGCCGUUUACCUGUUUGGGGUUGCCUAAUAUUUAGUUUAAGGCGCUGUGUGCAACGAGAAAAACGUGGUGCUAUCAAUCUCUUGGUGGCGCUGGACAUGCCGUGUGUUGCCCUUGUCGCUUGACCUGAGCAUUGCUCCAGUUGUUUCCAAGCAGUCAAGUAGUAAUGGAUUGUGGCUAUUCAUGAUUCAAUGUACGUAAGUCUCGGAUGUACCUGUGUAUUGUCUUAUUUCUUCGCAAGAACAACGUCCCGUGAUUCCUGCAAAAGAGGAGAAGUCAGCAUGCCCCGUGACUCACGUGCCUUGUCGACAGUGCACAGCGAAGGAGAAACACCACAACGUGGUGAGGUGUUGGUCAAUCGUUGGUUUCAACGACUCUACCCUACCCUCUACGUUAAGUCGCCAGUCCCCACGCUUGGACGGCUUUUUUCUACCCUGUUUAGUAUGAAACGGAGAAUGUUGCCCGUCGUGCUCUGGGGCGUGGACCAGAGAUGCAUGCUUCGAAGUCGUGGUUGCUCUUGACGGCGAGUGAUUGAUUC